UCAACGGAAUUUGAUACUUUCCCUUUUAGGAAGGUUGCGCCCUGGCCACUUCCCGUGCGGAGAAUUACGCAUUGCGGUACCAUGUGGAGAUCCUCGGGCCGAUGUGCGGUCGACACCUCGUCUUUCAUUAUCUCGCAUGCGAACAUACCUAACCCCCUUGAUUAAACGAGAGAAAGCACUCGUGCCGCACACACUAGGCGUUCCCUUUCGCUCAUCUACCGGCUCUCUUACUCCUCCAGCAUGUCAUCGCUCGAAUCAAACAUACGGCGCGUGCUCGAUACCUUGCUACCGAGGAUCCAACUGCGCUGUCAAAGCUCCUCACAGCCAGUAAUACUAGGCAUCACCGGUCUCCAGGGCUCCGGAAAAUCCACCUGGGCAUCCAAAAUCGUCCAGCUCCUCGCAACCGAACACAAUCUGCGCACAGUAACAAUAUCGCUUGAUGAUCUAUACAAGACGCACGACGACCUGAUAGCGCAAAGAAACAAGUAUCCGGGAAACAAACUGUACCGCACGAGAGGCCAGCCCGGGACGCAUGACGAGCAGUUGGCCGCGCAGUUCUUCAAGGAGCUGAAAGGGUAUCGGGGAGACGGUGAAUUGAAGAUACCUAGUUUUGACAAGAGCAAGUUCAACGGCGAGGGCGAUCGCGCACCUAAGGAACAGUGGCACACCAUCACGGCUAAGCCGGACGUCGUGGUGUUCGAAGGCUGGUGCGUAGGCUUCCGGCCGCUGUCCGCCGCUGCAGUCGAAGAAAAGCACCGGCUCGCUCUCGCGGGCAAGCUCCCCGUCAAUACCCCGGCAAAUCACAAGCUCGAGCAUCUGCUCCAAGUCAACGAAAGCCUGAAGCGUUACUGCGACGCCUUCAUGGGGCCGCAGCACUUUGAUUUCAUGAUUCACAUCGAUACGGAGGAUGUGCGGAACGUGUAUAAGUGGAGGCUGGAGCAGGAGUAUAAGCUGAUCGAGGCAAGAGGUACGGGGAUGAAAGAUGAGGAGGUUGCGGCGUUUAUUGAUGGGUAUAUGCCGGCAUAUGAGCUGUAUCUGGAUGGCCUGAGGAAAGGGUUCUUCGAUGCGGAGAGUGGCAGGCAAGUUAGGGUUGUGUUGGAUAAGGAGAGGAGUGUGGGGAAGGUUGAGGAGCUUUGACAGAGGGUGGAGUUGAGGUACGUUGCCCGAUUUCUCUCAAAGCAUAACGUCGAGAAGAAGUCGGAAUCAUAGACCUCAAUUUUUUGCGAUCAAUCUCCGAAAUCUGGUCAUCUAGUUACCAGCUGCAAGGCCAGAAAUUCGUUACCAGAAUCCCUCCCGCACUUUAUACCCGUCGCCUAUCCUGAAGUUGCGACUCCGCUCGGAGACACUCUGGACGCCUCUCACCGUUGGCCCUGCUAUUAGUCGUCACCGACUACGUG